AUGAUGACAGAGAAGAAGAUGAUUACGAACAAGAAAAAUAAGAAGACGACGACUAUGACAAUGAAUGAUGGAGAAAACAAGACUACAAAAAAGGUUGAAGAACAAGAAGAAGAUGAACAACAACACUACGAAGAAGAAGAGAAGAUGACCGCGAAGAAAACUAUGAAGAUAAAGAUGACGAAGAAAACUACAAAGAAGAAUAUGAAGACUACGAAUAAGAAGUCGACUAUGAAGAAGAAUAAGACUAUGAAAACAACAAUGACAGAGAAGAUGAUUACGAACAAGAAAAAUAAGAAGACGCUGACUAUGAAGAAGACGACUAUGACAAUGAAUGAUGGAGAAGAAAAAAAGACUACAAAAAAGGUUGAAGAAAAAGAAGACGACUAUGAAGAAUAA